AUGUCUGACCAACAACCCACCACCCCAACUCCCGCACAACAAACCGCCUCAUCCUAUUUGGACCUCGGCAUCACGCUCGCAAUCAACGCCUGGCCGGCACUCAGCCUCGCCGUAACAAGCAACUGGGGCGGCCCAACCUCCGCAGACAAGCGCGACUGGCUAUGCGGCGCAAUCUCCGAGAUGAUCGUUGACCGACCCGAGACCGACGCCGAGGACCUAGAGGAUGUCCUGAUACAAGUCAUGAACGACGAGUUUGACGUCGUAGUUGACGAUGAGAGUGCCGGUGAGGUGGCGGAUCGAAUCAUGGAGAUCCGCAAGAUGGUGGAGAAGGGCGAGUUUGACGAGGUGAAGAAGAUGUGGGAGGAGUGGGAGACGAAGGCGGCAAAGAAGGGGGAUGUUGUUGCGGGCUUUAGGAGGGGUGAGGAUCAGGAGGGUGAGACGGAUGAGAGUGAUGAUGAGGAUGAGGAUGAGGAGAUGGGGGAGGCGCCUGCUUUGGUGAGUGCGCCUAGGGAGAGAGUUGAGCCGGAGGUUGAUGAGGAUGGGUUUACGAAGGUAGUUGGGAAGAAGAGGAGGUAG